UUUUCAGUAAGUGAGUGUGGAGGAUGAGGAGGAGGAUGAAGAUUUUGUUGAACUCCUCUCAGGUGUCCCAUUUCACUCUGGCUGCUUACUCUGACCCUGGCCCAGUUAAAUAUGUGAUCUUCUUGGUUGUGCUGUGUUACUUCCUGUUGAUCAUUUUUGCUAAUGUGUUGCUGAUUGCAGUUAUCUGUAUGAACAGAAGUCUCCAUGAGCCCAUGUAUCUGUUCCUGUGCAGCCUGUUUAUUAAUGAACUAUACGGCAGCACGGGAUUGUUUCCAGCGCUGCUGCACCACAUCCUCGCCGACGUUCACACGAUCUCCACCUUCUUCUGCUUCCUGCAGAUCUACACGAUCCAUUUCUAUGGCAGCGUCGAGCUAUGCACACUGACCGUCAUGUCGUACGACAAAUACCUGGCCAUCUGUCACCCUCUGCAGUACCACAGGCGUAUGACGGCCGCCAAAGUGGGCGCGCUCACGGCGUUCGUGUGGCUGUACAGCGUGCUGGCCACUGUCGUGAUGAUAUGGCUGACGCUGAGUCUGCAGCUGUGCGGCAACACCAUCGACAAGGUCUACUGCGACAACUUCUCCGUGGUUCGGCUGUCGUGCUUCGACACGAGGGUCAACAACGUGUACGGGCUCGUGUACAUGUUCACCGUGAUCGUGUCGCUCAUCUUCCUCAUCCUGUGCUCGUACAUGCGGAUCCUCAGGGUCUGCUUCAACAGUUGUAGUCAGACACGGCAGAAGGCCUUGACCACGUGCACGCCUCACCUGGCCUCACUCAUCAACUUUUCCUUCGGGGCGUUCUUUGAGAUCGUCCAGGGCCGCUUUGACAUGAGCCGCGUCCCCACAACUGCGCGUGUCUUCUUGUCCCUGUACUGGCUCGUCGGUCAGCCGUUCUUUAACCCGCUCAUGCACGGACUCGUCCUGACCAAAAUACGUGUGGUGUGUAAGGGUUUGACUGUCAGGAAAUGAUGGAGUGACAUUAUCAUUUUUGUGGAGUCACAGCAUAAGCGUAGUUGUACAACAUAUCUAUUUGUAGGAGUCAUGAAUUAAUCAUAAUUGUUUGUUCCAUUAUAUUAAGGUGUGUUGAUUGUUUUAGUUUUGAUAUUACUUUGUGGUAGGGGGGAACAGACAGUUGUAUGUAUAUGGGCGGCAGAGGUGGAAAGAGCCCUAAAAUAUUCUACUCAAAUAAAAGUACCACUAUUUUGAUAAGAUAAUGUAAAAGUACUGGUCUAAAAUGUACUCAAGUUAAAGUAGGAAAAGUAGCUUGUUUAAAAUGUACUUAGAGAAAAGAUACUGUUACUUGGUGACUUUAACAAGGUUGGGGUUCUUUCUUACACAUCUUACAUUCAUUGUUUGUAAUUAAAGGCAAACUUAAACACAUAAUGUAUCAGUCAAAAUGGGUCAAAGGCCACAAAUGCUGCAAAUUUCUCACUCACUUUAGGGACUUUCAUUAGCGUCUAUUCACCUGUCCUCAUCAUUCACUGCCAAAGUUUCUGGUGCAACAUUUUUUACUCAGUACUGGAUGUGAUUUAAAAUAUAAAGUACAGAACUUUAAAAGUAAAAUUACAAGUUUUAAAAAUGAUUUUAAAAAGUGCACUAAAAUUCCUACUCGAUUACAGUUAUGUGAGUAAAUGUAAUUCAUUAAUUUCCACCUCUGAUGGGCAGAGAUGUUAAUC